AUGAACUUCCGUGCGAGCAUCCUUCCGAGCCGACGCGUGCAGAGGUCCUCGCGCCACGCGUCAGACAACAUGACCAGACGGCCUUAUGGUUGUGGGUUCAGUUACACCAGAGAUUGCAUCAGGAAUUCUCCGGAGUUUAACCCAGAGAGGAAUCGUUUACCAUCGUGGAAGGCGGAGAGAGACAGCUACAAGACACUAGAGUUAUUGAAAGGGUCACGUGAAAGCUCCCUAUAUAACUUUCAGAUCAGACAGAAACCCAUUAGUUGUUUCCGAGAUUUCAAGAUGAUUCACAAGUCCCAUGCCACCGCCCAAAGGUCCUUCAGGUGCCACGUGUGCGGUAAAGUGUUCGGCCAAAAGGGCCAUCUGCUGAUUCACAACAAUGUCCACGCGGAGGUGAGGCCCUUCGGAUGCGACACCUGCGGCAGGCGCUUCACUCAGAAGGGGAACCUCCUUCGGCACUCGCUGUUGCACACCAACGAAAAGCCCUUCGGAUGCGGCAUCUGCAGGAAGUUCUUCGUGCAAAAGGCUCAUUUGGUGAAGCACGUCGUGGUGCACAGGCAGAGGCUGGCUGCCCUUAGAAGGUGUCGGCGGAGGGAGGCGUCCGAGCGAGGGUCUUCCGCUGAGGCCCAGGAGACCUCCCUCAGGUGCAAGGUCUGCGGAUUGCAGUUCAGGCGGAUCUUCAAGCUGAUGGAACACCUGAAGGCCCAUUGUUUCCGAGAUUCCAAGGUGAUUCACAAGUCCCAUACUUGUGUCACGUGCGGUAAAAUGUUCAAGCAAAAGGGUCAUCUAUUGAUUCACACCAACGAAAAGCCCUUCGGAUGUGACAUCAGAAUUAAUGUGACACGUAGUAUUGAAGACCGCUUCCUGGAUACAUACAUUGUAUUAGUAUAUUACAACGAGAUUUGGCGUAUAUCCUUGAAGAAAAGUCCAAGGAUAAGAGUUUUCCGCUCGCUGGCACCAACCUGCAACCUCGCUCAUUAA